UAUUUAUGGUUUAUUCCAUAGGUGCCAGCUAGAAAACAAGAUCACAAAUGGACCGUAAAGUAAUGUUCGUUCUAACAAUGGGGAUUUUGAUCUUACCUGCUCUUGUACGGGGUUCGCGGCAAAAUCCCGAGUCGUUGCUGCGAUUACCAUCAUCGUCAUCAUCAUCCCCAGCAAUUAGGGCCUAUUCAUCAUCGGAUGGUUUAUGGUCAAGAGCUAUCAAAUGUCAGCAAAGUUUGAUCGCAUCAGCUGCUGCUCAAGUGAAUGCAGAAAACGGAGUUUCUUCGUUGAGGCACGACCCCGUUUUAGCGUGGGGACUCGUGCGAAACUCCGAGUGUGCAAAAAAGUUGGCCAGACAAGGCAGGCAAUUAUCCUUUCUGGAUGCGAUUCUGCAAGGUUUCAGGGAGGAUAAUUCGCGAUCGAACAAUUCUUGCAUCUUGUGUCCUGGAGACGGGCGAGAACAGCUGGUGCAAAAUUUUGCCAAAUGCUUCUCUGGGUCAGACAUCAUGUGUUGCUCCUGCAUUUACCAUGCAGCAAUCCAAGUGGGACAAGCCAUGGUUGAUGCAGCCAUAGUAGCAGAAGAGGGACAAAGCACAGAGCCAUCAACCCUGGAAGAAACCACACCCACAGAGCAUGAUGAUGAUGACAUGCAACAUGUACUGGAAGGACAAACAGAGGAAGCUGCUGCUGCUGUUGAUCCUGGAGUGCAACGAGCGGAUCUAGAAUAUAUCAUAAACUUGAGAAAUCAGCCCCUGUAGAAGAAAGAUGAAAUUUGAAAUUUUUGCUGCUUCAAAAAAAUUGGAGAUUCUUCCUGGAAAAUAAAAACAUCCAGAUAUAUUCCGUCCAGCGAUUGGGAAAUUGAGAGGAACGUUUUUUUGUGACUGUGUUUUUUUUUCUCGGCAUCUGUAACUAAAACGCGAGCAGAUUAAAAAUGCCGGAUUUGUGUUUAGGAACCAAUAUUUUCAUCUGAAGAAAAUAUUAUUUUGCUGCAAAUAUAACUCGAGGGUCUUUCCGUGAGA